AUGGAUUUGAGUCGUAUUCUGAAAGUAUGCGGGGACGACUUUGAAGAGCUGGGCACUGCGCACUGCCACGGAACACAAGUACAGAACUCUGCCGAGCACGCCGAGCUGUUCCGAUCAGUCUUGGAAGGACGUACUGACCAGGACAAUGUCGAAGACAGUCCAUUUGGGACAGCCUCCGUCGAACGUACCGCUGAGUCUGUCAGAAACCGGAGCUGCUUCGCUAGCGAGUGGGCCGCUUCGGGAGGCGUUUCGGGUGACCAAGACCGGGCGCCGUGGUUCUUGGUAGGAAGCCAAGAGAGGGCUGAGGAAGCGGGGCCUCAAUUUCUGUCCGAAGAACCGGAAGUGGUCGCGUUCUUGCUCGAGAGUGUGAUCUACCGGGUUGACAAUGAAGCAGCAUUGAGGAGUUUGGAGACAGGCAUAGCCAUUUCGGAAGACGAGAAGAAUGCGCUCACUCCACGUGACAGUAACAGAGAAAGAGACAGGACCCCACGCCCGCUCAGUGACGAGAGCACGGACGGAGUAGAGUUGGCUGGAGAUGCAGUGGUAAGACACGUGGCAGCUCGGGAUGCUGACACGGCCCCCUCAGAGGCUCAGUCUGCUGGUGCUCGGGAGACGGGGACCGGUCUGACUGCUACAGGGAAAGAGAGAGGGCGAGUGACCACGGGAAAGGUUUCAGAGCCGAUGAAACGUGACCGGGAGGAGCGGCUUGAAAUCGGACCGGCGGCGACGGGAAUGGCGCGCAAGUGGCGGAGCGGAGCGUUCCGGUCACACGAGAAGCAGAGGAACAGCAAGGUGCAUGCAGAAAUGAAGAGUGUGAAGGAGGUCUGGUUUGCGCUGUUGCUGAGAAUCUGGAAGGACCCGCGGGGCUUGUGCCGGGUCCAGGAAACGAACUGGAAGUGUCUGAAGCCUGGGCCGGUGAACUGGACGUAA